AUGUCUACCCAAAACACUCCCCGUCGCACCCGUCCAUCAAAUGCAACCGCUCGGCCUGGCCAGAUAGUGCUUGACGCAAAGAACAAGAGGUGUACCAAGGUGCAAAAGGCCGCCAACGACCUUGCCCUCAAGGAAGCGCAGGAAGCACAGGUCCAAAAAGGGCUGGAGCGCUUGGCUGGUAUGCAAAAUGAGAUGGAGAAAGUGCAGGAAGAAUUACUCAACAAAAAGGUGAUCCCCAUUCGGCCCAAGCCAAGGGCUCGUAAGGCGACUAAACCUGUAGUAAGGAGUGGUGAUGAUCAUACUGACAACAUGAUGGAGGCUGAUGAGGCAAAUGACCUCCAGAAGGCUGUCGAGAUCGUGGAGGCUGUUGAGACUGUGGAGGCGGUCAAGACCAUGGAGGCUGCCAAGAACAUGGAGGAUGGAACCACAGGAGCAAAAAAGAGGAAGGUAACAAAGAAAGGCGGAAAGGCGCUGAUAAAGGAUGCUAUCAGUAACAUGCAAAAGAAGAUCAACGAACCAUCAUCGAAAUUGGAAGGUGAUAACGCCAAUAACGUGGCACGUGUAUCUGAUGGGAAAGAUACGCCAGCACUUUUCAAUGCUACCACUCAGAAAUUCACAUUAGGUGGCCUGGUGACCAAUUGGAUUUCAGGCAUUAAGCCCGGAAAAUCAGAACCCAUGUCCCACACAUCCAGCACCUCAUUUCCAACUCAAGCACCUCCAACAUCAAUUUUCUCACAAGGCACUGCCUCCACUGCAGCAACUUCAGAUGCACAGGUCCCAAUUCACAAGCCUGUGGCUCCUGUUGCAGAAGCUCUCAUUGGCGACUUUGCAGAUGACAUUGAUGAUACGUUGGAGCGCAAGGCCACUAUUGCACAAGGCAAGGGGAAAUCAAAGGUGGCCUCGAUAUUCGAUGAUAACGUGGACUUCGAUGAGCCUAAUGCUCCGGUAGCAUAUGAGCCAGAUGAUGAUUCUGUGACUUCAUUCACAGAACAGGAAUGGGCCUCGCAGGGGCCUCAGGCUCCAUUCAUGCAGAUCGAAAAUUGUGGGACCCUCAAGCGAAAAGCUAGCGUGGAUGACGUCUUCAAUGACGACGAGGAGUCUAUGGUGUCUGACUGGUCCAUGGAUAUCGAAGGCCCUGAUUUUGAAGACACAUUUGAGCCCGAGCCCGAGCCUCCAGUGGUAGUGAAGAAGGAGAAAGAUCCGCACACAACAUUUUCAACAUCAGUAUCGGUUGUGACUUCUGUCCCUGACAGCAAACCACCUGCUCCCAAAAAAAUCAAAGUUGGGGCAUCUGCUGCACAUGCCCACAGCACUCCUGCCAUCAAAUGCCAGCUCAAUGUGGACACUGGGCCAGAGAACAUGAAACCUCGUAGCACAUAUUGUAACGUUGAUUUACCUGCCACGUUGCAGGUAGAUCAACGCUGGGCAAAGAAAUAUCUUCCUACCAUCAUGUUAUGGGCCAGAAGUUACGAAGACCUCUGGACUAUCCCAGAUGAUGUUCUUCUCCUUCACGCACAGCUAAUUUUUAAUGCAGUAUACAAGGAGCUCCAUAUCACUAUUGUUCAUGGUGGUGUGAUUCAUUCCCUCACUGCGCAGCGAAUUUCUGAAUGGCACAGCAACUUCAGCUCGACAGGCCUGGUCAUUAUUGUGGACUUUUUGUCCCGAAACUCUGACUGCGAUUCAGUUCAACUUGCCACCUACCUUCUUGCAGACUAUGCAUUCCUAUUCGAGGACCCUGACCAGCCAAGUCCCCUCACAACAUACCGUUCUCCUUUUGUAUUACAGCUGUUGGGUACAGCGCAUCUUAACACCAUCAGUGGGUAUGUUGACGUUCCUGACCUCGACACACACGCACUUGCAACAAGGGCCAUCAGGAUGUCGGGCAUUAUUGCCCUUUGUGCCGCAGCAAUUGAGCGAGCCCUGGGAAUGUUUGCAAACAAAAAUUUGAAAGUCAAGGAUAUAUUGGUGUCCAGUGCCAGAGGUAAACUCGUCAUUAAACUACCCAAAGUCCUCAACAAGGUCACCAGGAGGAUGACCAAUGCCCCGUUUUUGUUUUCAGCGGCUCACUGGGCCAAAGUCACCACAUCUUUCAUCAAAUCUAUCUCGAGCAAGCCUGCUGGGACUCGCUUAAUGACAACGAGCACACUAUGCUUUGAUGUUGUCUCUUCUACUACACCACCGCCAGUGGAAUCCCACUGUCAUAUCAUCAUUUUCGCUGCUGUUUUUACCCCCACAUGUCCGCCGUUUUUCCUGUACCCCCAGCUAGCUCUCGACUUUUUAUAUUAG